AGAAAGAGAGACAGACACAAACAAACCCAAAAAUUAAAAAAUUAAAAAAAAAAAAAAUUACCCUUCUCGAAAUUCUCUUUUGGGUAGAAUUUCACAUUGAUUCCUCAUAAAUGUACCUGCCUCUCUCUGUCUCUCUCUGUGUAAUUCUUUUCUCUUCGAUUUCCAUUCAUUGAUCAAUCACAAAACUCUCCUUGGGUUUGGCAUCGAUGCCGGAUAAUCGUCAGGUUCAGAGCAAUGGUGGUGUGUCCAAUUCAUCCAAUCCAUCAAUCGACAACGUGGAAGAGACUAUUCGGAGAUUGAAAAUCUCGACAAAUGAUGAUAAUCAGGACAGUGGUGCGGUGGCCAAUUCCUGCCCCUACCCAGAUCGUCCAGGGGAACCCGAUUGCAUAUACUAUUUAAGGACUGGGUUGUGUGGUUAUGGAACCAAUUGUAGGUUUAAUCACCCUGCUACUUCUGGGCAGGGUGUUCAGUACAGAGGUGAACUGCCAGAAAGAGUUGGACAACCCGACUGUGGGUAUUAUCUUAAGACAGGAACUUGCAAAUAUGGACCAACAUGUAAAUAUCAUCACCCACGGGACAGGCAUGGUGCUGGACCUGUGCCAUUGAAUGUUUUGGGGCUACCCAUGCGCCAGGAAGAAAGGCCAUGUCCUUUUUACAUGAGAACUGGAUUGUGUAAGUUUGGAGUCGAAUGCAAGUUCCAUCAUCCUCAACCUGUGACCGCUGGAACUAUGUUACCCAUUCCUGGACCUGCUGCCUAUGGAUCUUCAGGCUCACCAAUUGUGGCUUCGUCUGGUCUACAUUAUGUAGGAGGAGUUUCAGCAUUGUCAUUACCAAGGGCACCAUAUAUAUCUGGUACCCAUGUACAAGGCCCCCAGACCUACAUGCCUUAUAUUGUGUCUCCCUCUCAAGGCAUUGCACCUACACAUGUCUGGAACACUUACCUGGGAUGCAUGAGCCCUGGACCUUCUACAAGUUUUGUUGGAUCUGAUCUUGUUUACAACUCCAAGAAUCAGGGUGAGUCAGGUUCGAGUGGCCUGUUAAACUCCAUUGCUUAUCUACCUGAGAGACCAGAUCAACCAGAAUGCCGGCAUUUCAUGAGCACUGGAAGCUGCAAAUAUGGAUCUGAAUGCAAGUACAAUCACCCGAGAGAAAGGAUUCCUCAAUUGGCAACAAAUUCUUUAGGCCCGCUUGGGCUUCCAUUGAGACCUGGGCAAGCUGUUUGUUCGUACUAUAGCUUGAAUGGACACUGCAAGUAUGGCCCGACUUGCAAAUUUGAUCACCCUUUGGCUGGAUUUCCUUAUAACUAUGGCGGUUUGAGUUAUUCGACUGUCUCUGUAUUUGAUCCAUCUUAUUACCCAUAUCAAAGAAAUUCAACCACUGUCCUCUCCUCAGAAGCAUCUCCCUCUAAAUCUAAGGCUGCAAGCAACAAAAAUCAGAACACGGAUACUGAAACUCUUGAAAAUCCAUCAGAAAAGGCUGGUUCUCCAUCACAUCCUUUGCCAGCUUCUUCAGAACCUCGACACAAUGAAUCUGAUUGAUUUUACUACUUUCUUUUUUCCUCAUUUUUCCAUUUCGCCCGGCUGAGUUUUUUUAUCAGACAAAAUAUUUAAUGACUUGUGCCUCAAGGUCCCCUUUUCACCUGCGGUUCUAUGUGUGGAUUCAAUUCAAUGUGACUAGGGAAAGCAGGGAGGUUGUAGAAGGCUCUCUCUCUCUCUCUCUAUUCAUUUUUUUUCUUCUUCUUCUUUCUUUCUUUUUAUUUUUUUUUUUUUUUUUUUUUUUGUGGUGAAUAAAAUGCAGGUGAUGAGUUGUAAGAUUCCCAUUUUUCCCUCUUAGAAACUGUUCAAGGGAUUGUUGUUGAAUGUGAGAGCUUGGCAUUUUUUAUGACUCCACACCUGUUAGUUUUAUAUGAUAUGAACCAUUAAAUAUAGGGAGGGAAAUUAGGGUUUAUUUGGUUGUGUUUUCGUUUUUUUGUUUUAUGUUUUCAUUUUUUAUUUUUGGAAUACACAAUUUUUGAGAUGGAUGAUUCAGUAAGAUUACGUAUGUAGAGCUCCUAUUUUGGACUUA